ACACUCCAGGCAGAGCCCUAGGCUGGGUUGCUGCAUGCCCGCCGGGUCAGGGGAUGGGGUUGGUUUGCAGUAGGUUAUGGGGUGGUGAUGGCUGGAGGGUGGCUGUCUUGCAGAGCACUGCGGCGUGGGCCAUGGGGGACUGGAGCCUGCUGGGGCGGCUGCUGGAGCGUGCUCAGGAGCACUCCACAGUGGUGGGGAAGGUCUGGCUCACCCUCCUCUUUGUCUUCCGCAUCCUGAUGCUGGGGGCAGCAGCUGAGCGGGUCUGGGCUGAUGAGCUGUCUGACUUCUCCUGCGACACACAGCAGCCCAGCUGCCUGCACGCCUGCUAUGACAGCACCUUCCCUAUCUCCCAUCUCCGCUUCUGGGUCCUGCAGAUCAUCUUUGUCUCUACCCCCAGCCUCAUGUACCUUGGCCACAUCCUGCACCUGGUGCAUCUGGAAGAGAAGAUGCAGCAGCAAGCAGCAGCAUGGAGCAGCAACAGGGCUAGGCAUGCACACCCCAGGCAGCCAGGUCUGCCUGCAGGAGGCCUGCAGAGACAGGUCUGCAUGUGGGGGGUCAUCCUGAGGACCUAUGUCUGCAAUGUUGUCUUCAAGGCUCUCUUUGAAGUGAGCUUCAUCGUGGGCCAGUACAUCUUGUAUGGGUUCCAGCUGAAGCCCCUUUACAGCUGCAGCUGCUGGCCCUGCCCCAACACAGUCAACUGCUAUAUCUCCAGGCCCACUGAAAAGAUCAUCUUCAUCUUCUUCAUGCUAGGAGUGGCCUGUGUGUCCCUGCUGCUCAACCUGGUAGAGAUCUACUACCUAGGUCUUACCAAGUGCUGGCAAGGGCCAGGGCCCAAGUCUUGCAUCCUGCCCAGUGCUGGUGGUCCUGUGGGGCCCCGUGCCCUUGUCACCCUGCCUGGCAGUAGCAGCCCUGUGGCUGCUGGCAAACCCUCCUGCAGCCUGGUGCCCCCGGGGAAGGCAAGUGUCUGCCUGGGGACAGCCAGCACGUCCCAUGGGAAGGUGCGAGCAGCAGACCUGGCAGCGUGA